CUUGCAGGUCGCAGAUGGAUGCUGUUGGAGAGGUUUACCUCCCACGAAGGCAUCUCCGAUGCAGCCUUUGGAGACGCACGUACGCAAACAGCCUGGUUUAUAAACAGCGGCAGGAAGAUGGUGAGCUGCUUUGGUGACCGUGACCGUCCGAGUCGCCUGGUCUGAGCUGCGCAUUGCUAACAAGCCUAAAAACAACCAAUGGAUCUUUCUGGCAACUCACUGCUCUGGAAGCUGCUCUCGGUGGCUGUCCUCGUCCUGGCCGCCGCCCUCCUCCUUGUGUUUGACCCGUGGGACUUCGGAUACCCAGAGCUAUGGAGAAAGACCGGGCUGGCCGGAGCUCCAGCGCGGGCUGCGGCGUGCCUCGUGGCCGGGGUGCUCCUCCUGGCAGCCGGCUGGCUGUACCGUCUGUUCUUCGCCCCACUGGAGCUGCUGCGGAGCCCGGAGGACGUGGGCUACGUGGCCGAGGACGGUCGCUCCAGAGCCCGGGCGGCAAACGAGGUGAGGCGGCGACGGAAGACCGGAGAGCUUCCUCCGGUCUACCCCAACGGAUGGUACCGGGUUUUGGACUCCCACAUGCUGGAGAGAGGCGACGUGAGGAGCGUCACAGUGCUGGGUGAGCAGGUGGCUGUGUUCCGUGGUCAGGAUGGGAAGGCGUAUGUGGUGGAUGCCUACUGCCCCCACCUGGGAGCCAAUCUGGCUGUUGGGGGCAGAGUGGUGGGCAGCUGUAUCGAAUGCCCCUUCCAUGGGUGGCAGUUCCGUGGAGAGGAUGGGAAGUGUGUCAGGAUUCCGUAUGCUGAGAAAGUUCCUGAGUUUGCUAAGGUGCGCUGCUGGCCGAGCUGUGAGGUCAACGGGCAGGUGCUGGUGUGGUUCCACUGUGACGGAGAGCAGCCAGGCUGGAAAGUUCCAGAGCAGAGAGAGAUCAGCCGGGGAGAGUGGGUGUACCGUGGACGAACAGAGCACUUCAUCAAUGCACACAUAGAGGAAAUCCCUGAAAACGCUGCAGACAUCGCUCACCUGGCCCAUCUCCACACUCCAGGCAUUGUGAGUGGAGUGGAUUUGCGCUACACCAACAGUAAAACCUGGGAGUUUAUUCGCCAUGACUGGAAGGUGGAGUGGAAUCCAGAGCCUGAGCCUAAUAAGCACUGUUCUCAGAUGCUGGUGAAGCACGCUCUGACUGUGUUCGGACGUCACUGGCCUCUUUUGGACUUGAGCGUGGUGGCCAGACAGGUGGGUCCGGGUUUGGUGUUCCUGCUGUUUGACCACAGUUUCCUGGGCCGGGGGGUGAUCAUGCACUGCGUGACCCCGGUGGAGCCUCUGCUGCAGUGUGUCUCACACACUAUCUUCUACCAGAGCAGCAUCCCUCCACUGGUUCCAAAGUUUAUCCUGCGAGCAGAGUGCAUCCAGUUUGAGCGGGACGUGAUGAUUUGGAACAAUAAGAAGUACAUCUCCAACCCCAUGCUGGUGAAGGAGGACUCAGCCAUCCAGAAGCACCGGCGCUGGUUCAGCCAGUUUUACAGUGAGAACAGCCCCCGCCUGCGCUACCAACACGACACGCUGGACUUCUGACCACGCACGGCCCUGAUGCAAGCUGCUUUGCAACAAUUCAGUCGGACGCUAAGGACUGGAUACUUGGCUAUUGACGUGAUCACAACAACUACUUGACUGGUUUGGAGAAAAACUUCUUUCCCCAAUUUUGGCACCUGAGAGGGUUAUAGACAUUUGUUCUGAGGAAAACGAGUCUGUAUAACAUAAAAUAUUCAAACGUUCUAUAUUAGCAUUUAAAAACUCCACUGAAGUGAACACAGAGGAAGUUAUUUCUCUCCAUCGUGAGGACCCAUCUGUCCUUGUUGAAGUGCCUCUGAAGAUUAUGAAUCACUGAGUGAGUGGGAACUUUUCUCCCUGAGAGAAGCUACUGUAGCUUGACUUUAGAUUGUUCUGCAGUCGGGGGAAAUCAACACCUCGCUGACUGAAGAGCUCUUCCAGCUAAUGCAAGCAAUAACAGUCGACGAGCCAGUAGAUGAAUUGAAGACACAAGACUCAGCCACGUGUACACUGUGAAUUAAGCCAUGCAAAGACAAUGUCAUCCUAAUAUAUUACUAAGAUACGGUGGAGUCUGAAAGUAAUUGGACAGUGGUGUAGCUCUUGGUGUUUUGCUCUGUACUACAGAACAGUGGAUUUGAGAAAUGAAGAAGUCAUUGAAGUUAAAGUGUAGCCCUUUUCGUUCAGUCACCCAUCUCAUGGCACCUAAACUAAUCGGACAACUAAAGCUUAAAGGGGAAUUCUGGCCUAAAACUAGCAUUUAAUAUGCGGCCUUCUUAAGUGAGAUUCUAAAGUAGGGGUGUUUAAUUAAAAUUCAAUAAGGUCCAGUUAGAGAAAAUUUCCUCAAGCAAAGGUCCGGAACAUCAUAAUGUCUAACUUGCAUUAUGAUUCGGUGCCAUAUACUGUUUACUGAAGUAGCCUAGUAGGUAUAUCAACAUCUUAUACAGUC